ACACACUCUCUACUCUCUAGUCUAAUCAUCAUCAUCAUCGUCGGCAUCUUCUCAGAAAUUUCUCAUCUCUUGAAAAACAAAACAAAAAAGUAAGACUUAUUCAUGCACUCCCACAAAGUGUUCAUUAAGAAAGAAAAAUGGUGUUUAUAUAUUAGUGUAUUAGCUAUUAUUUGCUUAAUUAGCAAAGUAUUGAAGAUUUUGUAAGAGGGUUUUUAAGCAAAGAGAAAAUUAAUGAAUUGGUUUAAGCAGAUAAAUACAAGUAGUAACAACAACAAUGGUGUCAGUAGAGCUGCAAGGAGAUUGUCACUAGGUGAAUACAAAAGAGCAGUAUCAUGGUCCAAGUAUUUAGUAUCAUCAGGUGGAGAAAUCAAAGGAGCAGAAGGAGAAGAAGAAUGGAGCGCUGAUAUGUCUAAAUUAUUUAUAGGCCAAAAAUUUGCAUCAGGGAGACAUAGUAGAAUUUAUAGAGGGAUUUACAAACAAAGAGAUGUUGCUAUUAAGAUGAUCAGUCAACCUGAAGAAGAUGAACAUUUAGCUUCUUUUGUAGAGAAGCAGUUUAACUCUGAAGUUGCUUUGCUUUUUCGACUCCCGCAUCAUCCUAAUAUCAUUAUGUUCGUAGGAGCAUGUAAGAAACCUCCCGUCUUUUGUAUAAUCACCGAGUAUCUAGCAGGGGGAUCCCUGAAAAAAUACCUCCACCAGCAUGAACCUCAUUCGGUUCCGUUAGACGUAGUUCUAAAAUUUUCCCUCGACAUAGCACAUGGAAUGUUGUUUCUUCACUCACAAGGAGUGCUUCAUAGAGAUCUUAAGUCAGAAAACUUGUUGCUCGACGAAGAUAUGUGUGUCAAAGUUGCUGAUUUCGGGAUCUCAUGUUUAGAAUCUCAAUGUGGGAGCGGAAGUGGCAAAGGUUUCACAGGCACUUAUCGUUGGAUGGCGCCAGAAAUGAUCAACGAAGAACAUCAUACAAAGAAAGUUGAUGUUUAUAGUUUUGGUAUAGUCCUGUGGGAGCUGUUAACAGCAUUAACACCAUUCCAAGACAUGACUCCUGAACAAGCUGCUUUUGCAGUCUCCCAGAAGAAUGCAAGACCACCAUUGCAUCCGGCUUGCCCAAUAGCUUUCAGUAACCUAAUCAAGCGAUGUUGGUCAAGCAAUCCUAAUAAGAGACCACACUUUGAAGAGAUUGUUUCAAUUCUUGAAGGCUAUGCAGACGCAUUUGAAGAAGAUCCUACAUUCUUUUCAUCUUACAAACCUUCGCGACAUCAACAAUUCAAGCGAUACAUCCCUAGGUGUAUUACUGCCCGUCAGUCUGCUACAUUUGCAUCUUAGAUUUCUCUUCACGGUUUAAUUUUGCCUAACACAGUUUAAUAGCUAUUAUUAGUACCAUGUAUGUUUUUCUGCUUUCCAUGAUUCUUGGUUAAAUGAAAUGAAAACCAAAUAGCCGAAUAGGGAUGUAAAAGGGUUCCUUGGAGAUUUGGAUCUUGGCAUGUAAGAAACUCUCAGGCACCGAAUCUGGACUUUCUGUCUCGCACCAAUUAUGCGUCUAUUGAUUGAUCACCUACAAUGUUGUAAUGUAAAUACACGAAGGAACAAACGAUUCAAAUUUGUCAAGAUUUGUGGAUGUUAGAUCCU